AUCGCACAGGUACGAAAUUGAUGCGAAAGAAAAAAAAGUAUUUUUUUAAUGUUAUUGAUUUUAUCAUAAAGAGUUGAGUUUAAAUGAAGAUUCAUUCAGAACAGAUGUAUUCAAGUAUGUGAUAACCACAUACCGUUUUUGAAACAGAUUGUAAAAAAAACAGAAACUGGCCAUAUCUGAAAAUUUCAUUAUGUAAUUUCUAUUACAUGUAAGUUUUCCACCAUACUAUGGGAUGUGCAAGUUCAAGUCCAAAGAAGUGGGUACCAGAACAACAAAUAAAAGAAGACAUGGGUAGUCAGAAUUUAAUGCCCAGCUUGGCCUCAUUUCCGGCCGCUGGGUCACAACAAAGAAUAUCAUCAUCAUCUCAGGGAGGCCGCAAUAAGGUACUACUGAAACCAGGUCAUUCUUUAAUGGAUUGGAUCAAACUUGGUAGAAGUGGCAAAGAUUUGACUGGUGUUGGGGGCCGGAAAUUAGAAGUUACACCUGAGGAAUUAAAGAAACACAACACCGAGGAUGACUGCUGGAUUGCUCUAAGAGGUAAAGUGUAUAAUGUGACAUCAUAUCUAGAUUUUCAUCCUGGUGGUAUAGAUGAGCUGAUGAGAGGUGCUGGGAAAGAUGCAACAGCUUUGUUUGAUGAAGUGCACAAGUGGGUAAAUGCAGAGUCAAUGCUGGAGAAAUGCCUCAUAGGGAAACUCAAGGCUGAAAACCCAAUGUUGAGGAAUGCUCUGCUGAGAAAAGCCUCAAAGAGCAGUCUUGAAGCUGUACCCAAUGGUGGGAUAGCUCCACCUACAUUUUUGACACCAUCCACACCACCUGAGCAGAAACCAAGGUUUGACUGGUAUCAGAGUGGUAAGACCGUGUCAGUGGUGGUAUACACCAAGUGGACAGAUAUGAGGGAUGAAAAUGUUAUCAUAGAUCGUGAUGAGAGAACAUUGCUGGUGACAAUGCACGUGAAACAAUCAGUCUUCUAUGUACAUAUAGAUCUUGAGAAAGAUGUAACAGACAAGUAUCAGGUUUAUAUAUCAGGUGAUAGUGGAAAAGUGGAAAUAGUUUUUGAGAAAUGUCAGCCAGAUGUACAGUGGUCUAUUAUAGGAAAGAAUCUGGACAAACAUAAUCUGUAUAUACCAGACAAAAACUACAAUCCUGCAUAUAGAGACUGUACUAUAGAGAAGAUAGAGUCAAUCACACGAGAUACAAAUCUAUACACAAUAUGUCUACCUAAAGGUUGUAGAAUGAAAAUACCAACAGGAUGGCAUGUUCAUAUAAAACACACUAUACAAGGUAUGGAAGUAGUGCGAAGCUAUACGUCGGUGUUACCUUCACUAACCUCGGAGAAUCAGGAUGAUAGAUUACACCAGGGAACUGUUGUUUACCUCAUGAUCAAAAUAUAUCAAAAUGGAGCAUUUACACCCUGGCUUGCUAGUCUUAAACCAGGUGAUCAUAUAUGUAUGAGCAGUUGUGAAGGGAAUUUUAAGGAGUCAUGUCUGAGUACAUUAACCCAUCUAGUCAUGUUGGCAGCUGGUACUGGCUUCACACCUAUGGUGAAACUUAUCUAUAAAUCUCUGGUGCAGGACACCGAGUCUCAAAGGCAGGUGAAGUUAUUGUUUUUCAACAAGACUGAGAAAGACAUACUGUGGCAGGAUCAGCUAAGUGCCUUAGCAGACUUAAAUCCAAGGUUUACAUUUUCAAACUGUUUAUCUGAGGCAGCCGGGGCAUGGACCGGGCUGAAGGGUCGAGUCAACAAAGAUAUGCUGGCAGAAUUUAUCCCGAGUGUGGGAGAGAAUGAUAAAAUACUGAUCUGUGUAUGUGGGCCAACCCCAUUCACCAAGUCUGUGAUACAAUUUGCCGAAGAACUUGGUCAUAAAGACAAUACCCAUGCUUUUCUAGGAUGACCUUGGAAAUGACCUUCAUCUUCCCAUUUUGUAAUGACCUUGACAUUGACCUAGAUAUUGGAGAAGCAGCAUGUGAUAAAAGUGACAAUUUUAGCGUGGAUUUUAUCUGUUUUAAAUGCUCAGCAGCAAUAACAAUGUUGUACUUGUAUGGUAACUUCCACAAUAAUUUUAAAUGGGUCAAGGUCACAUAUUUUAAAUAUCCAAUUGAGCUAUGUAAAGAAUAUAUUUGUACGCUUGUUCUUGAUUAUUUUAUUUUCCAGUUUUUCAGGCUAAAUAGGAAUAAAAAGAAUAAUUUGUAAAGUUAAAAAAAAAACUUAAUAAAAGGAUACUGCUUUUAAAAAGAUAAAGAAAGUGAAGGAGUGAAAUAUAGUUUAAACUUAUUUCUGUUACACUGAAAAAUUACUCAAGAGAAUCGUUUUUGUGUUAAAAGAAAAGUGACAGUCCUUGAAACAGUAAGUUUGUUUCCUGAAGUGAUUAUGUGUUUUGACACAACUUUGUAUAAAUUAUUGACGGUAUUUCUAGGAAAGCUUCUGGUAACAUUGAAUAGCUUAAUGCUCAGUUCUUCCACCGAGGAGCAUAUUCGUUCAUAUGAGGAAAUAAUACAGCUUGUUAAUAGGAAACUAGCAGUAGUCUUUUAAAGGUACCAAUUUGUGUGUGAAUGUGUGAAAUUUUGUGUAUAAAGACACCAUUGAGAUCUUUACACAUCUUUAAAAAUGGAAAGUCCGUAUAUGCAAUUGAUGGUUUCAGCACAUUCAUGGAAUAUUUGUUUUUACAUCCUGCUUUACAUCAGUGUUACACUUUAACUAACAUGCCUUGUAUCUUGUAGGUAUAUUUAUUACACGACUUCCCUUGUUUUAAAGGGAACCAAGAGAAUUAAAGCUGUUAGACAAGGCAGACUAUGGAACAAAGAUGGCCAUGGGACAAAGCAGACUGUAUAUUGAGUUAGGAUGGACACAUCCUAAGGUGUACCCGUUUCUAGUCUGUUACAGAAAUAGUCUUCCUAGUCUACAUUGUUUGCCUAGUCUCAAUAUAAAUCCUGCUAUGUCUAUGAAGGACUCUUGUUGCCUUGGAAACCUAAUUGGAAAUACAACUUUAAAAACGUUUUUGUGGAAAAACAGUUUGAUCACAAAAAUUAUCAUUGGAUACACACUCUUACAAGAUUGUAAAAUUGAUUUUUUGUAAAAACAUAGGCACUAAUUUGUGUGGUCUAUUGUAUUUUGAAAUUUAUAGGGAAGAAUUUUAAAAAAUCUUUUGUUUGAUUUUGAUGUAAUUUCACAGAAAUGAUUCUUGGGUGUCCUAGAUUCUUCAAAUCAUACUGAUUUGCUAAUAAAAACACCUUUACAGAGGUUUUAUUUCAAUCGUAUCGGACUAAGAGUCUGUGUUUAUGCAGAUAUUAUUGAAAAUGGCCUCGGUUAAAUAUGUUUGUUAAUUUUUUGUAUAAUUUAAUGAAACUGUCUGCCAAGAUUGUUAAAAUAAUUAAGAUUUGUGAAGAAGCUAUACCUUUAAAUAGCAAGAUUGUAGCUGCCUAAAAUGUAUAUAGAGGAAACUUUGCAUAUCUUAUAAACUCUGAUUAGAGAUACAGGGCCAUGAUGACCCUUUUAUUUAUUUAUGCAUUUAUUCUUGUUAUAGGAGCUCCAAGGAGGUCCGGUCCAAAUGCUUUAAAACAUAAAAUUUGAUAAUCUAGAGGCAGUAGGGAACCGAAGGCUUAAACAUUUGAAAAAGAGAAUUUAGAAAAAUACUUGAUAUUUAGUGAGACUCUUAGCCCCAUAUGAGUUAAAAGCAUUUAAACUCUUUUCAGUUUUAGUUCUUUUUGCAUAAUAAAUAUGAUAAAUUUGGGAAAAACAGAUUGCUUUAAUGAUUGUACACAAGUUAUUGCUAUAGGCCCAUAUCCGCCAUAUCAAAAACAAACCUCAGUUUAGUCACUCUAACAAUUGCAUUACUUUGACAAUAAUCUUAUGCUUCCUCAUACAUCAUGAAUAGAUCAUAUCAUAUAUCAUACUUAGUCAUGUGAUUAGGCAAGUCAAACAUUUGUUGUCAUUUUAUAUAUAUAAUUUUUAUAAGAUACUUAAUGAUUGAUUGAAAUUGAACAAAAUUAAAAGCUAAAUAUGGAUGUAAAAAGCAAAAUACAGGCAUAAUAUUACCGAAACUGAUAAUAAAAAAUAUAAAAAUAGGGACUUUUUCCCGCUAAGGGAAAAAUAUGAUUGAGCACGUCAUUGUUAUAUUGAGCUUUAUUUAUGAGUUUUUGUAGGAAACAGAAAAUCAUCAUCAUACUGGUUGUAUAUACAAAGUAGAUGUUUAUAAAAUGUUCCAUCAAGCUUUCAUUGUCAUACCUUGAUAUACAUGUAUUAGAAUCAUCAUUAGAUUUUUAGUAGCAUGAAAUACGUUUUAAUUUAUUUAAUGUUAUAUGUCUUUGAAGUUUUAAAAGCUGGUAUAUACCGGUACUAUAUAGAUUAUAAAAGCGUAUGUUGUUUACAUGAAUGGAAUGUACAUAAAAAUUGUUUAUUUUUAUAGAUUAUUAUAACUUACAAUGGUUAAAGAGUAGGAAAUCAUAUCGUUUGUUUUAAUUACAGGAGAAAAUGAUUAUCUACACAUUGUUAAUUUUUUUAUACCGGCAUGACAGAACAGAACAGCCAUUGCAGGGCAUGUCUGUUCUAACAGCAUAUCCAUUGCAGGGCACAUCUAUUCUAACAGCAGAUCCAUUACAGGGCAUGUCAAUUCUAACAGCAGAUCCAUUGCAGGGAAUGUCUAUUUUCUAACAGCAGAGCCAUUGCAGAGCCUGUAUAUUCCAACAGUAUAGCCAUUAUAGGGCAUGUCUAUUCUAACAUUGCAGGACAUGUCUAUUUCAGAAGUAUACUUUCAAGUUCUUGAACCCUUCACAUCCAAGUAGUUUGACAAAAUAAGUUAUCUCUUUAAGGUACUCCACUUAGGUUUUUAUCCACUCAUGCCAUUUUUCCAGGAUUGACAUUUUUAUGCAAAAAUGAAAAGGGUUGUAAUGUUUUAACUUGAAACAGACUAUAGAAUCUCAAAAACAACAACUUCAUUUUUAAUUUCAGGUAGAUUUUCUUUAUUAGCUUUUUAAGCAUUUUUUCCAUUUUAAGUGCACCAGUUGAUUAAUACAGGGAUUUCAAAACUUAAAAGACCUCAAUGGAACGCACAAGAAUAAAUUAUUUAGCGUGGCUGGUUCAGAAUAAAUGUUUUACAGUCUAAUAGUUAACAUUAAAUUAUUCAUAAGUUAAAUUGUGAAUAUUUUAUGCAGUCAGUUGAUAUUAAUGCAACAAACAAAUUUGUUUGUAAGAUUAUAACAUAACAGAGUAUACAAGUAUAUAUCAUAGAGAAUAAAAGUAUUUAUCAUAUCAUAUCUAGUAUUUUAAGAUAAAUGUCUUGAUUAAUUUAUCAUUUUGAUAAACUUGUACAUGUAUUAUUCAUAUGAAAUUUAUCAGUUUUGGACAAAUUUCAUUUUCAUUUCUGAUAAAUUGUGUAAAACAUAUCUAUAUUUGCAGCUAAAGGUAUCUUAAUCAUGGAAUUCUAAAUAAUUUAAAAUCACGAAAAGAUCAUGAAAAAAUAUCUCAACAUGAAUAUAUCAUUUGACUGCAUUGAAGCCUGUGGAGUUGGGACAUAUCCCCUUUGUUUUGUACUAUUUUAAAGUUUUAAGUAAAUAUUUGGGCAUUUUAGAUGAUAAGCUAUUUAUAAAGUAUUGAAAGUAUUCACAUAAUUAUGUUUUAAUGACAAUGAAAUUUGAUUCUCAAUAUGAAUGUUAUAAUAUUGAAAGAUAUUAAACACUAUUUGAUUGUUA